AUGCUCCUUUCCGACGCGGCACAGCCCCUCCGCAGAAGCAUACGACAUCCGCGACGUGCCGACCUUCACGUUCUGCGGACCAUGAUGCGCCAGCCUGCAAGUCGGCCGGGUGGGACGUUGGCGAGAACACAGCAUCGCGGCUUCCGCUUCUCGCCAUGGCGCCGCAGCACGACGCAUGGCGGCACGCAGGAAAAGCUGACGCUGAGCCAGCGACUGAAGAGAUUGUCCAAGGAAUACGGCUGGUCAGCAGUGGGUGUUUACUUGGCCCUCAGCGUGCUGGAUUUCCCCUUCUGCUUCCUGCUCGUCCGGGUUGUGGGAACAGAAACAAUUGGGAAACUCGAACACUACGUGGUUGGGGCGGUCAAGCAAUUCAUUCCAGAGUCGGUUCGUCAAAAGUGGCACGAGUACUGGCGGUCGAUCAAGAGCAAGGAGGUAGAGACGAUGGGGAAUGGCAACAUUAGCGACAGGGUGGAGAUGGCUGGCUGGGGUGUCGAGGAAGCUCAGGAGCGAAAUAAGGAAGAAGCUAGUUUGGGCACUCAACUGGCACUUGCGUACGCUAUUCACAAAAGCUUCAUAUUCCUUAGAGUGCCGCUGACGGCCGCGGUGACGCCAAAGGUGGUCAAGGUUCUGAGGUCUUGGGGCUGGAACAUCGGGAAACGCGUGUCGCGCUAA